UCUUGCAUGGCGGUAGUCUGAUUGUUUUGGUUUCUGCUGAGAGCAAACUGUAAAAUAACGUUCUGAUUCAGCAUAAAUUUUUAUGUCUGCAUUUCAGAUUUUCGAAGUACACGUUUACUUUGAGUGCAGCAAGCCUCUCCAUUCGGUGACACAUAAGAAUUGGAAAGAAUAGUUUAGGGAGUUUAGGUGACCUCCAAAAAGACGUAUUGCUGGCAGCUGUUCGUAGAACCUCCCGAAGUCAACAGCUUGAGCUGUAAUGAAUUAAUGCUGUAAUACGACAGAAGCAUGCUUCCUUUGCCCAGUUCUAUAGCUGCGUUAAGAAGCUUUCUGUGUCGUUUGCGGCCGAAUAUAUGUGUGCUCAAAUUGCAACGAAGCUUUGCAAACGAAAAUCAAGGAGCUGGCUCGUCCAGGAUACGCCUCUUCAAAAGAUUGUUUUCAACGCUAUUGUUCGGCUCUACCUUCGCAACAGUGCUUUACGUCAAAAAGCGGCGAAACGAUGAACAAACCAAACUUUUCAAAGAGUGCAUUCUGUUACCUCGGGAUACCAACUAUGCAUCGAAUAUGUACUUUUACUUGUACAAAGGUUAUGUUUUCCCUGCCGUGUUCAUCAAGUCACUACCCCAAGUGCAAAAGCUGAAGGCACGGGCAGACGACAUCUUCGUUGUUUCGUUUCCAAAGACCGGCACUACUUGGGUUCAGGAAAUAGUGUAUCUUAUACAGAAUAAUUUAGAUUUCAAGGCUGCUGCGGCAAAGAAUUUAGAGCAGAGGUUUCCAUUCCUGGAGUACUUCUACCCCGGGGUAUCCUCUAUAGAAAGUACUCCGAGUCCACGUCUCAUCAAGUCCCACCUGCCGUACUCCUUGCUUCCGGAAUCGGUGUACCUGGAAAUGCCAAAAAUAAUCUACAUCGUCCGAAACCCAAAAGACGUCUGCGUGUCUCUCUAUCACUUCACGAGGUACAUCAAGGAAAUAGACUACAAAGGGAGCUUUGAGGAAUUCGCAGAGACGUUCCUCAAGGGCCACGUGGCUUAUGGACCAAUAUGGAAUCACUACCUCGAGUGGUGGGAACAUCGCAAUGAUGCCAACGUUCUUCUUGUGUCGUACGAAGAUCUUCAGAAAGACCCCCACAGCGUCAUCUUCAAGAUUUCGCAAUUUCUCGACAAGCCGUUAAAGGACGACGAAGUGCAGGCGAUUGCCGAGCAUUGCUCUUUCGAGCGAAUGGCACAGAACAGGGCUACAAACUAUGAGCACUGGAGGAAGUUGGGUUUUGUCAACCUCGACGAAGGACCCUUUUUUAGAAGAGGUCAAGUCGGUGACUGGAGGAAUUACUUCACAGAAGAGAUGAAUGCCAAGAUGGAUUCUUGGAUCAGUGAAAAGUUUGGAGCAUCCGGAAUGAAAUUUAUUUAUGAUAUAGAUAAGCCAGAGAACAUGAUUGAUGAUGAUCUAACAUUAAAUACUUGACAGAUAGAUAUUUAUAACUUAGCUAAAGCACAGAAAUAGCUCAAUAUGAAAUUGCAAAGCUGGACUGAAUAAAAUGGUCAACCACCUUU